CGACUUUAUUGCAUAGUUGGGGGUAUUAACGGUGGUGUCAACAGAACACAAGUAAAGAUUUGAGGCAUCAGUGGGUUUUUGAGAAGUCGUCAACAAGUGGAGUAGGAGGAGUGAAAGCCUCAGUUGCACGCAAGCUUUCGACGAUUCAACACGCCAUUUUUGAGCAUCCUCAUCGUCUAAGUUGAUAUUCACUUGAAUUUUACCGAUUUUACCGAGGAUAGAUUUUUCUUACAAUCAGAUGGCACCGUCGGUUAACAGUAACGUGCCUGAACAUUUAUAUGACGGCCCACCAAGUCCGGUGGAGAAACUGAAGACGUUAGCCAGGCAGUUCAGCCGGUUCUACACGGACGAGAUGAAGACGGACAAGGGAUCGCACGGCUUCCGCCUGGUGCUGCUCGGGAACGACGGCGUCGGAAAAUCUGCCAUCGCGGUUCGAUUUCUGUGCGGCAGAUAUCUACACGAAUAUGAUCCCACACUUGAGAGCCGAUACGAAAAGAUGGAGACGGUGGACGGGAAAACGACGAGAAUAGAAGUGUUCGAUACAGCAGGCCAGACACAUUUGGAGGAUUAUCUCCAAGCAGCAGACGCCGUGCUCUUCGUGUAUUCCAUUACAGACAGGGUCAGCUUUGACGCCGCUAAAAUCUUCCGGGAGAGGCUCCAAUCCUCCCUCAAAUCUCAUCUGCCCAUCCUCCUGGUCGGCAACAAACGCGAGCUGGAGCAAGGCCGGAGAGUGUCCACCAAAGAAGGCUUCUCCCUAGCUCGGGAGGCUGGCUGGAGGUUCCAUGAAGUGUCAGCGGCCACAGACAGCGUCGGUCUGAAAGCCACCAUCUUGGAUUUUGUCCGUGAGGCGCAGGGUGAGCUGCGGAGGUUGAAGGUUAAGAAGGGCUGGAACAUCCGGAGAGCAGUCAGCGUUCUGUAUGGACACUCUAAGACGAGCAUCAAGGAGGAGACAGUGAUUGAUGAGGAACCAGUGUUCACUACACAACACAGCACUAAAGUGUUUCAGAGGCGGCAAACCUGCCCAAGUUUAUGAGCUCUUAAGACUCAAUGACAACCUCGAACUGUCUCAGAGCCUGCCUCCUAGUCAACAAACACGUUCCCAUGUGUCUACCUUCAUUGGUCUUGACGCUAGGAACUCGUGAAUUGAUUGGUUUACGAAGGAUGACGUCAUCGACACAUCUUCAGUAUCCUCAAAGACAACAAUGGUGCUAUAAAGAUUUGUAAAUAGUGUAUCUGAGUGGUCUCAUUUUGUGACUGUUAUUUUAUUGUUUGUUAUGAACCUGGUUUCAGACUAACGUCGCUUUGAGAAAAACGGCAUUGUGAUUAUUUUGUUAGCAAAAAUGUGGAAUGUAAAUAUUAAAUCAGUGUACAGUAAUUGACAAAUUUGCACAAGGUGCGAAUUUAUUUUAUUUUGGCUGAAGAUGACAUGAAUCUAUAUAUAGAUAGAUCGAUAUAUGUGUAAAAUAAUUGGGACUGACGAACGACAGAAAUCAAGAUUUCGAAUGUUUUUGAAUGAAAAUGUUAACAUGACCUCAGUUGGAGAAGCAGGUCACGAAGAUUUUGUUGGAGAUGAAUUUUUUUUUUGGGGGGGGGUCUUGGGACAAUGGCCAGAUGUUGAAUGAGAUUAUAUGUAUUCGGAAUAAUCUUUUUUGAAUGUUCAUGUUAUGUGUAAUGUCCUUUUAUGGUUUUUUGUCUGUUUUGUUUUCUUCUCUUUUUUUUUUGGUGGUUUGUACUUGACAGUCGUUUCAAAUUGUGUCUUCGUUUAGUUAAUUGUUUCGUCUUAAAGGUAUAUGUUUGUUCAUGAUAUUGCUUGUUCAGUGUUUCUGUGUUCCUUGGGCAUCGUCUAUUACCUUGGUAUUAGUGAGACCCUUGUGAAUUGUUUGUGUUUCAUCACUAUUUAUCAUUUUUAAGUGUUGUAAAGUAUGUUUUUUGGGGUUUUUGGUUUUUGUUUUUUGCUUUUUAUAUGUGUCUUAUUUUUUAAUGUGCUAUUGUUUAAAUAUGUUUAUGGGAAUUUAAAGGAUUGGCCAAUCCUUUAAAAUUCCCAUAAACAUAUUUAUUGGGAAACGCCA